CUCUAAUGCGCAGUGCGCAUGCCUGGAGCUCAAUCCCCCCCCUCCCCCCACCGCGCCCUUUGCCCCGGAUGUCCAGCUCGGCCCUGCUGAGAGGCCGGGGAGAAGCCGCCGGAGCCGGAACCAGCUGCUGGGCGGGGCUGGCUGCAAGCUCGGUUGAACAGAUACCAUUGAUACUCUCUGAUUCCAAACAAGAUGAACACGUUAUCAUUGCUGCUAAGAUUCCCUCACUACCGUUUUCUGAGAGAGAUUUCUUCCAAAAGCUUCCACUCAAAUUUCACUCCUGGAUCAUUAUUUCCAUAUACUCAAUCUUUUAAUUCAGUAUGCUUGUAUUGUACAAAGUGGAUGUUGCCAGCAAGUGAUUUGAAAAGAGGGAUGUGUUAUCAAGCAACCAUAGACCAACAAACACAAGGACUUUGUGACAAGGAACAGAGACUUGUAGACAAACUUUACAGUGGAUUAAUCCAAGGGCACAGAGCCUGCUUGGCAGAGGCCAUUACCCUCGUAGAAUCAACUCAGAGCAGGAAAAAGGAGAUAGCCCAGGUGCUCAUUCAGAAGGUAUUAUCCUACCACAGAGAACAAGAAAAGUUAAAUAAAGGAAAACCACUAGCUUUUAGAGUGGGAUUGUCUGGUCCCCCUGGUGCUGGGAAAUCAACAUUUAUAGAAUGCUUUGGGAAAAUGCUUACAGACAGGGGACACAAAGUGUCUGUGCUGGCUGUGGACCCUUCCUCUAGCACAAGUGGUGGCUCGCUCUUGGGUGAUAAAACACGGAUGACUGAGUUGUCAAGGGACAUGAAUGCUUACAUCAGGCCAUCUCCAACCAGGGGAACGUUAGGAGGUGUGACUAGGACCACAAAUGAAGCUAUUCUGCUAUGUGAGGGAGGAGGCUAUGACAUCAUUCUUGUGGAAACAGUAGGUGUGGGGCAAUCAGAAUUUGCAGUUGCUCACAUGGUUGAUAUGUUUGUUUUGCUGCUACCACCAGCAGGAGGAGAUGAGUUACAGGGUAUUAAACGGGGUAUAAUUGAGAUGGCAGAUCUAGUUACUAUAACUAAAGCUGAUGGGGAUUUAGUUGUGCCUGCACGCCGUAUACAAGCAGAAUAUGUUAGUGCUAUGAAACUACUUCGCAAGCGCUCUAAGGUUUGGAGACCAAAGGUAAUGCGCAUCUCUGCUAAAACUGGAGAAGGCAUUUCAGAUAUGUGGGAUAAGAUGACAGAAUUUCAUGAUCUCAUGCUUACAAGUGGUGAGUUGACCACGAAACGACGGAAACAGCAGAAAGUGUGGAUGUGGAAUCUAAUCCAAGAAAAUAUGCUGGAUCAUUUUCGGAGUCAUUUAGCAGUGAGAGAUAAGAUUCCACUUUUAGAAGAAAAGGUUCUCAGUGGUGUCUUGGCUCCAGGGCUGGCAGCAGACCUAUUGCUGAAAGCAUUCAAAGACAGACCUUAAGAUACCAUGUUCUACUGUGUUGAUCAAUUUGCACAAAUUAUUUAAACAUUAAAUAAAAUUUUCUUAAGCCUGG